AUGUCUUUUCUUCUUCAGGUGCGCUUGACCUUGUACAUCGCCUUCGUGUUUACCCCGGGCCUAACAGACUCCCAAGAUCCCAAACCCGACGAGAAACCUGUGUCCCCAAUGGAACCCAAAAAGAGUUACCUGGAAGAUGAGGACUUUAAGCUAGUUGAACAGUCGAACCAUGAUGUACUUGUCGAGUUUCAAGAGGCUUCGGCCGCAGACCCGAACAAUUGGUGUUUUGGCAUGAAAGUGUACAUCAUCUUGACAUCGCUGCUCAUCGUGAUGAACAGCGGUAUAUCGGCAGCGUUACCUAGCAAUGCGAUCCCUUCCAUCAUGCAAUAUUUCCACCAGUCAGGCUCUGGACCCAAGGUCCUGCCGACGGCCGUGUUUCUGAUAGGAUACAUUGUUGGUCCUCUGCUUUUCAGCCCGAUGAGCGAGACUGUGGGCCGCAGACCAGUCCUUCUUUGGACAUUCACAGUCUUCGUCCUGGUAACACUUGGCUGUGCUCUUGCACCCAAUUGGCCAGCCCUCCUAGUCCUUCGCACCCUCUGUGGUCUUAUGGCCGCUGCACCACAGACUGUUGUUGGUGGCGUGUACGCGGAUCUGUUUUCAGAUCUUCGCACUCGCGGUCGCGCGAUGUGCUUCUAUAUGUCGGCCGCGAGCUUUGGCCCAAUUCUGGGUCCGAUUAUUUCUGGGUGUGCCGUUCAAUAUGGCUGGCGAUGGGUGUUUCGCAUUGACGUGAUCCUGAGCGGCAGCUGCUGGAUUGGACUGCUCUUUAUGCCCGAAACCUUCAGUCCAGUAAUCCUCAAAAAGAAGGCAGCCAAACUUCGAAAACAGACCGGUUCCAACUCCUACUUCUCUCGACAGGAACUAAAGAACGCGAGCUGGAGGGACACCAUGCUUCCGAUCCUAACCCGACCUAUCAUGAUGCUUAUCUCUGAGCCUAUCAUUCUUUCCACAGCAAUUUAUAUCUCGCUUGCAUACAGUCUGGUGUUUUUCUUCUUUCAGGCAUACCCUAUUAUCUACGAAGGAACGUACGGUUUUGACGUGCAGACUACGUCUUUCAUCUACAUCCCGAUUGGCAUUGGUGCUGCCUCUUCCGGUCUGGUGACAUUCUACUACGACACUAUCUAUGAGAAAGCCAAAAAGCGAGGAAAAGAAUGGACCUCCAGUCCUGAGCUUCACCGACUACCGUUAAGUUGCCUUGCUGGACCAGCCAUGGCAAUCGCACUUUUCUGGUUAGCCUGGUCAGCCAAGCCCAAUAUCCAUUGGGCGGUUCCCGUGCUGUCUGGAUUACUAUUCGGGUUUGGAUACCAGCUUGUCUUCAUUUCGCUCCUCACUCAUCUUGCGAAGUAUUUGUGGUGCAGUCUUUCCUCUUGCCGCGGAUCCUCUCUAUUCAUCUCUGAGUGUAUCAUGGGCUACUUCGAUAUUGGGGUUCAUCAGCUUGGCUUGCAUCCCGAUUCCUUUUAUUCUGCUCUAUGCUGGGCCAUGGAUUCGCGAGAGAAGUUCAUUUUGUCAGCAGCUGUUGGAGGAGGAAAGGCUCAGAAAGAGUGGACUGAGUACGCCAGCGGAAGCAUGAAUUCGGUGGCCCUUGUUGGGCAUUUCACGACCUUACGAACGGUUACAACCGGCUACGGUGCAUUUCGGGUUCAUUUGGUUACGAUCGCAUAUUCCAUAAAGAUUCCUCUGAUCUUGCGUGGAACAGGUUGA